AUGGUUGAAGGACGUCAUUUCGCCCGGGUUGAUGCUUCCGUCUGGCUUCAUGCUGUCCCAUCUUUCCCAAAUGGUAGUGGCGCCCAUGCUCACAGGAUACAACCACGAAGGGCACUCUUUUUGCAAGAGCAUGGAGUAGGCAGAAGCCAAGUGGCCGGUGGUAGCCAAAGCUUUGGCGACAAACGGAGUUCCGGCAAAACCCGUGCCGAUUUUGAAUCCAUUCUUUUCCACAAUCGCCGCCAAACGCUUUCCUCCGUACUCCACCUGCUCCGAAGUCUUGUAGAGGCCGAAACAAAUGACAAGAGCGUAUGCGGUCUGCGAAUCACUCAGCAACUGGCCCGAGCUCUCAAUGUAUGCGUCGUGGAAGUCAGAUUUGCACUGUGCGGCCAUGGCAGCGUACUUUUCCUUGUUCUGCGGCGCCACUUGGGCACUGAUCUCGGUCAUGUAGCAAAGCACCUGGUACAAAAACGCAUCUGCCACGAGAUAGGCCAGGGUCAAGGCCUGGAACGGAUUUUCUGGAGGCGCUUCGGGAUCCAACCAGUCGCCAAGCUGGUGAGGCACUUUGUCCUUGUUCCAGCGAACCUUUCCGGGAAUUUUUGGGAUGCACUCGAUCCACUUUUCCAUACUCUCGUACUGGUCAGCCAAGACGAAUGUAGCCCCGAUCAGGUCGUACAAUUUUUUGGGCAAGAAAACUGCGCAGUCUUGCCAGAUGGCACUGAUCUGGUCGUCCCAGAAAUGCUUCAUGUACUUGAUCACAUUGGGCACAGUAACAGGCGGCGCAUACGGGAACUUGGAGUCUGCCUUGAGUUCCUGCUCGCACCAGAGAUCUUUCAACCAGCUGCUGAGCAUGGACGAACAGUCAAAGAGGAACGCGGCCGUCUGGCCGAAAAGCGCAAUGUCGCCAGUCCAGCCCAUUCUCUCGUCUCUUUGAGGGCAGUCUGUGGGCAAAGUGAUGAAGUUGCCUCUUGUGCUUCGAAUCACAUUGUCGUGCAACUGGUUGAGAAGGUUGUUGUCACAGGAAAACUCGCCGGUCUGCGCCAUGUUGGUCGAGAUCACCACCGCACGCAAAUCCUCAAGCGAAAGUGCUUUCGAAACAUCUUCCACUUGGCAGUAGCGGAAGCCGUGGAAAGUAAAGCGUGGAGCAUACAGCUCGCCCGAUUUUUCUCCCUUGAAUGUGUAUGUGUCUGUAGCUUUGGCCUCGCGCAACGGUCUGGUGCCCAACUCUCCAUGCUCCAUAACUUCAGCAUGCUUGAACUGGAUCUGGUAGCCUUUUGGAGCCGUGGCGUUUUGGAACUCAACAAACCCGACAAUGUUCUCGCCAAAAUCAACCACGGUUUUUCCCUUGGGCGUGGUGAAGAUCUGCUUUGGAGAGAUCUUUCUUUGCACAGUGACGUGGGGGAAAGUCUGGGGCUCGAUGCGAGACGUUUCGAAUGGAACAACGUCCACUCCGGCCCAGCUGCCCAGGCCAUUUUCCGCCGCCAAUGA